GAUUACAGGCAAAAGUCUUAUCAAGAUGCUCAUGAACCAAAGUAUACCUCUGACGUCUUGAUUCUUGGAGUCUAAGCCUAGCCUGGUUUGGUAAGCAGCAAAGGAAGAAAAACGCAAGAUAUUUUCUUGAACGAUCUCCUGAUGCAACUGUGUUUACAGGUUUCAUGUCAGCACCCAGGGGGAGCUUUUGGCCAGAGACUCCCACAAUCUCUGUGUGUUCCCAGUGCUUGGGCUCAAGGGAGGCACGCUGCGGGCUGGAGGCUCAGGUCAGAACCGCAGGGACUCGGGCGGAGGCGGACUCCGGUCGAAGACUGUGGGGUGAGAACUCUGGCUCCCUCCACUCGGCUGCCGCCGGGUGGCACACCCACACCGCGCCUUCCGGUUGGCCCCUGCGGCGACGGGUGAGGCACAGUUGAGCGCCAAAACCACAGGCUGGGGCACUAACGCCCCCACUCCGCGCUCCGCUCUCUGAGCUCCAGGCAGCCGCGAGCUGGAGUAGGAAGGUCCGGGCGGUGGCGGAGAGCGCGCUGCAGGCUGGAGGGCCAGAAGGCGGGAGCUUCCCGCACGGGGGCGCUGUCACCUGCCCGUGGGAGGAGCCAGAGAGGGACCUGGCUCUCCUGCUCUGAAGCACCGGAGUCGGGAGAACCCAUCCAGACAUGAAGAGCGCCAAAGGUAUUGAGAACUUGGCUUUCGUACCCUCCAGCCCAGACAUCCUGCGCCGCUUGUCUGCGUCGCCCUCCCAGAUCGAGGUCUCUGCCUUUUCCUCUGAUCCCCAGAAAGAGAAUUCGCAGCCACAAGAGCUUCAGAAGCCCCAGGAGCCCCAGAAGUCACCGGAGCCAUCUCUGCCUUCAGCCCCUCCCAAUGUCUCCGUAGAGCAGCUCCGGUCACUGUCGCUGUCCGAGUUUGAGGAGGGGCCUUGCGGGUGGAGGAACUUCCAUCCUCAAUGUCUCCAGCGCUUCAACACACCUCGAGGCUUUCUGCUUCACUACUGCCUCUUGGCCGUCACACAAGGUAUUGUAGUUAAUGGCCUAGUGAAUAUUAGCAUUUCCACUAUUGAGAAGCGUUAUGAAAUGAAGAGUUCCCUGACUGGCCUGAUUUCAUCAAGCUACGAUAUUUCAUUCUGCUUGUUGUCUUUAUUUGUAUCAUUCUUUGGUGAAAGAGGACAUAAGCCGAGGUGGCUUGCAUUUGCAGCCUUUAUGAUUGGACUGGGAGCACUUGUAUUCUCAUUGCCACAAUUUUUCAGUGGAAAAUAUAAAUUGGGGUCUCUUUUUGAAGACACUUGUGUAACAGCAAGCAAUAGCACCAGUUGUACCUCUUCAACUUCUUCACUUUCUAACUACUUGUAUGUCUUCAUCUUGGGACAACUAUUGCUGGGGGCAGGAGGAACUCCUCUUUAUACUCUGGGAACAGCCUUUCUUGAUGAUUCUGUGCCCACACACAAAUCUUCUCUCUAUAUAGGAACUGGUUAUGCUAUGUCAAUCUUAGGCCCUGCUGUUGGCUAUGUAUUGGGAGGACAACUGCUAACCAUGUACAUUGAUGUUGCUGUGGGAGAAAGCACUGAUGUCACUGAGGAUGAUCCACGAUGGUUGGGAGCUUGGUGGAUUGGAUUUCUUCUAUCAUGGAUCUUUGCUUGGUCUUUAAUAAUACCUUUUUCUUGCUUUCCAAAACAUUUACCAGGUACAGCAGAAAUUCAAGCUGGAAAAACUUCCCAGGCUCAUCAGAGUAAUGGUAAUGCAGAUGCGAAAUUUGGGAAAAGUAUUAAAGAUUUUCCAGCUGCUCUAAAGAAUUUGAUGAAGAAUGCUGUCUUUAUGUGUUUAGUUCUAUCAACUUCUUCAGAAGCCUUAAUUACUACUGGAUUUGCUACAUUUUUACCUAAAUUUAUAGAAAAUCAAUUCGGAUUGACAUCCAGCUUUGCAGCUACUCUUGGAGGGGCUGUUUUAAUUCCUGGAGCUGCUCUCGGUCAAAUUUUAGGUGGCUUCCUUGUUUCAAAAUUCAAAAUGACAUGUAAAAACGCAAUGAAGUUUGCAUUGUUUACAUCUGGAGUUGCAUUUACGCUGAGUUUUGUAUUUAUUUAUGCCAAUUGUGAAAACGAGCCGUUUGCUGGUGUAUCCGAAUCAUAUAAUGGGACUGGAGAAUUGGGAAGCUUGAUAGCCCCUUGUAAUGCCAAUUGUAACUGUUUGCGAUCAUAUUAUUAUCCUGUCUGUGGAGAUGGAGUCCAAUAUUUUUCUCCCUGCUUUGCAGGCUGUUCAAACCCAGUCUCACACAGGAAACCAAAGGUGUAUUACAACUGUUCCUGUAUUGAAAGGAAAACAGAAAUAACAUCCACUGCAGAAACUUUGGGUUUUGAAGCUAAAGCUGGAAAAUGUGAAACUCAUUGUGCGAACCUACCCAUAUUCCUUUGCAUUUUCUUUAUUAUAAUUAUUUUUACCUUUAUGGCCGGUACUCCUAUAACUGUGUCUAUCCUAAGGUGUGUUAAUCACAGACAACGGUCCCUAGCCUUGGGAAUACAAUUUAUGUUCCUUCGAUUAUUAGGAACAAUACCUGGACCAAUUAUAUUUGGUUUCACAAUAGACAGCACAUGUAUUCUUUGGGAUAUAAAUGAUUGUGGAAUUAAAGGAGCUUGCUGGAUUUACGAUAACAUCAAGAUGGCCCAUAUGCUAGUAGCCAUAAGUGUUACUUGUAAAGUUAUCACCAUGUUCUUCAAUGGAUUUGCAAUCUUUUUGUAUAGACCACCUCCACCAGCCACAGAUGUGUCAUUUCAUAAUGAGAAUUCAGUUGUGACUAAUGUUUUAGCAGAAGAGGAUCUCAACAAAGUAGUAAAAGAAGGGUGAAAUGAGAAAAGAGAAGACUGUUUUACACCUGGAAAAUUUACCUCGAUUUUUAAGAACACGAAUUGCCAUGACAACAUUAUCUAUCCAAUAUGGACAAUCACAUUUACAAAAUUGAUGUUUUCAUAAUCAAAUGUAUUUUUUUUACAUA